AUGGAGGAAGCCAGUUUCUCAGAAGACACAACUCCUAAGCCACAGGAACAUUUGCUUUUUGGUAGGGAUUUCUCCCAAAUUAAGAUAUACAGCGAUUACAAUUUUACCUCAAAAAAUGACAUCCUUGAUGUCUCAUAUCAAAUUAUGUCAACAGUAGAUGAUCCUCAAAAAAAGGCCACAUACAAAGAGAUUUGUGGAAAUGCAGACAUAACCAAGACUUGGGAUAAAAUGACUGAAACUGUUGUUAACAAAAACUAUGAUAAAGAGAAACAAUCCACCAUAAAUCUUGAUAUUCCAGCUAAUGAAAGAGACCCUUCAAAGUCAAACCUUUCUGAUAUUUUACUCCAUCAUCUUUCCAAAGAGGAAUUCUUAAAAGGUCAAGGCAUUAGUUGUGAAACUUUCCCUGAGAUUUCUAAUGCUGGCUGCUCUGAUGAAGCCAUUAUUAAAAAUAUUAUUUUGCACUAUGCUAAGAAUUCUUGGCCAAAAGAACAAACCCUGGAACUCACAGGCCCUCUCAGCCCCAAAAGGGAUGAUGAAAGCAGCAAUAAGCCCUAUUGUUCUCGAGCUAUGAGAGAAGAAAACACCUCUAAUUUAGAAGAGCCAGUGGUUGCUGGAGAGAAUCAAGAAACUUCAAAUUUUCUAACUAAGAUCAAGAGUCUAUGUGAUAAACCAAAAAGUUUCCAAGGGCAGCCACCCCAGAAACAACAGACUGAAAAAGCAAUUUCAGGCAAUUGGUUGAAAUAUGGUCAUGACCAGGUUCAUUACCAGUUCUCUGAUUUCCUUAAGGUUGCUCCCAAAGUGAAAAUCCCUAAAAAUAACAUAAUUAAUAAGCCACUUAUAAUAGAUACAGAAGCCAGCCUUUCUCCUAAACUGAGAGAUAAGUCAGUUAUGAUGCAAGGUAUUUUAGAAAGCAUAUCUAGGUCAAAUUGUAUUGAAAAACAAAAGCAGAAAAGGAAAACUACUGAUUCUUCACAACAGACAGAGAUGGAGCCCACAAUACAUAUUCAUCAAGACAAUCUCACAGGAAUAGAAUCUGAGACAAGUGUCUUUAAGGUGUCAUCAACCUCUCAGAAAGACCCUUGCCCAAGUUCUUCUUACAUAUUUCAAAAGAUAACUGAAGGGAAACAGAUGUGCCAGAAGUUAAAAGAACAGACUGAUCAACUGAAGACUAAAGUACAAGAAUUUUCCAAAAGCAUAGCACAGGACUCUCCUUGUCAUUUGCAAGACAAGAAGCUGGUCCUGGAGAAACUGCAGGGACAUCUUGAACUACUGGAGCAGGAGUUUAGGGACAACAAGGAGAAGCAUCUGGCUUUGAAGCAAAUUCACAGGCAUGAAUCCCCAGCUGUCGGUGACUUUGAUCCAGAAAGAGAAGUGGAAGGUGAAAUCUUCAAGUUGGAGAUGCUACUUGAAGAUGUUAAGGAGAAAAUUAAUAAGGGCAAAUAUACGUCAGCCGUCUGUCUUCCCGGGAGUUCUCCAAUCAUCCCUGAUGACUUGGCAUCCACAUCCUCUCCACCCUCAAAUGAGGAGAACCCCAACAACACCUCAGGAAGGCCCAGUCGUGCAGAGACAGCCAGUCCAAGCUGUGCCUGUAGCCACCUGGUCUUUGAAUGGAAGGAAAAUAUGGAGAAAAAAGGGCACAGAAGGCCCAGCUGUGGAAGGUGUCCCACUGCCCUUCAAGAAAAGGCACUGCAUGCAGACUCAAUUCUCGGUUCUGAUACAGGCCAUAGCUGCUAUUCUGCUCCUGGGAUCGGACUGCUGAGUGAUAAAUGUCAGAACUGCGGCACUAAGAGUCAUAAUUCUGGAAGAACCUGUGGCAAAAAACCACCUGAAGAAUUUCAUUAUAGAUACAACACCCCAGGAGAGAAUUACUUAUAUCAUAGUGAAAGAAGCAACUUUGUCCAGCUCUGCUUUUUAAAUGAAAAUAAAAAUUCUUCAUCUUCUUGUUCAAAACCAGAAUGGAUCUGUUCCCAGACAUCGAAUCCGAAAUCCUCUCAAGACGAACAUGAGCCCAUACCAGAAAAUGUGCUUUUGCCUUCCAGAAAAAAUAAGAUUUUCAUGACCUACAGUUCAGACCUUGCUACACCCACACCCCAUUUCCACUCCUGCAGGAUUUCUGGAAGCAAAUCCUUAAGCAACUUGCGCAGUAUGGAAACGGAAUCUGAGGUGAGGACUUAGAAAAAUCCAUUCCAGAAUCCUUGCAGCUUAUUUUAAACUCAUCUUUGGAUCAUGCCCUAAGGACAGCAACCAUUUUGAAAGAAACUACUGAUCGAAUGAUUAGAACUAUUGCAGAAGAUCUUGCCAAAGUACAGAGAUGGAGGAAUCGGCUGAAAUACUAGUUUGACCCAAGGCAACCAAAGACUUAAAAAAAAAAAAAAAAAGAAAAAUGCAAAGAAAACUUUAUCUUCCCUCAAAAA